UGUGUUACUGUUUGGUUUAAGGCUUCUAAAUCUAAGGUAGCUGCUGAGAAUGGCCCAACUGCUGCUACAAAGAAGAAAGAAGUCUCAGCUGAAAGCUCAGAUGAGAGUAGCGAUGAUUCGGAAGAUGAUGAUGAAACCCCUGCAAAGGUUACUGCGCAAAAAGCCUGCUCAAUUGCAAAGAAAGGCUCAUCAGUGGCUGUUAAAAAGGCAGACACUAGCAGCUAUGGAUCUGAAAAGAGCUCUGAAUCUGAAGAUGAGCACACAAAGCAACAAGAAAUUGCCCGACAAGCAACAAACUACCAUUCCCUCAGGGAGCUGUGCAAGGGGCCGGACCCAUAAGUCCUUGCCCGAACACCCCCCUUAUUACCAAUUAGAUUUCGGUUGAAUACUCACGUUCCAACAUACCCCAUUGCACCUCAUGUUGAUUGGAAGUUUGGAAGAGAUCGGGCAACUAGCUGGAAGAUCUUUUUCUUGAAUCAAGUGCGAGAACGACACCAUGAGGAGUAGUAUGCGGCUGAGAGUGCAUGGCUUGGUGGUGGUGGGGAUUUUGAUGUUGAUGGUUCCCACAUACUUAUGUUGAUUGGAAGUUUGGAAGAGAUUGGGCAACUAGCUGGAAGAUCUUUUUCUUGAAUCAAGUGCGAGAACGACAUCGAGCGGAGUAGUCUGCGGCUGAGAGUGCAUGGCUUGGUGCUAGUGGGGAUUUUGAGGUUGAUGGUUCCCACAUAGGAUGCAAACAAAGUACCAAACCACAUCUCGAAAUUCUUUCUUCCAUAUUUUGCUGACUCAGUUGCUGAUAAUUAACGGUGUCUGGUUUUAGAGAGAAAUGGAGACUCCGACACUUGUUGGAAACCUUAAAAAUAAUGUAAUCAAGUUGCAAUUUUGUAUUAUAUUAUGCACGAACAUUGUUGAAGUAGCAAUCUUAAUCACUACGAUCUGCUACAUGUAUUGCUACACUAAUUUAGGUUGGAAAAAUUCUUUGAACCCAUAUUUUUUCAAAUUUGAGGGAAGAGUUGGUUUUA